GAAGACUAUAUAUUUUAGGUAUCUGAUUCAAAAACAUACUUGUCAGAAUUGUCUGGCUGGAUUAAUUUGCUAAUUUGAUCUUCUUCAUCAUUUGAUGUGAUGUCAAAUACUAAUAGCACAACUAACUCAUCCCUAAGUGCUCAUAUUACUUUAGCAUUUUUUAUGUCCUUACUAGCUUUUGCUAUAAUGCUAGGAAAUGCUGUGGUCAUUUUAGCUUUUGUGGUGGACAAAAACCUUAGACAUCGAAGUAGUUACUUUUUUCUUAACUUGGCCAUCUCUGACUUCUUUGUGGGUGUGAUCUCCAUUCCUUUGUACAUCCCUCACACAGUGUUUGAAUGGGAUUUUGGAAAGGAAAUCUGUGUAUUCUGGCUCACGACUGACUAUCUUUUAUGUACAGCAUCUGUAUAUAACAUUGUCCUCAUCAGCUAUGAUCGAUACCUGUCAGUCUCAAACGCUGUGUCUUAUAGAACUCAACACACUGGGAUCUCGAAGAUUGUCACUCUGAUGGUGGCUGUUUGGGUGCUGGCCUUCUUAGUGAAUGGGCCAGUGAUUCUAGUUUCAGAGUCUUGGAAGAACAAAGAUAAUGAAUGUGAACCUGGAUUUUUUUCAAAAUGGUACAUCCUUGCCAUCACAUCAUUCUUGGAAUUCCUGAUCCCAGUCACCUUAGUCGCUUAUUUCUACGUGAGUAUUUAUUGGAGCCUGUGGAAGCGUGAUCAUCUCAGUAGGUGCCAAAGCCAUCCUGGACUGACCACUGUCUCUUCCAACACCUGUGGACACUCAUUCAGAGGUAGACUAUCUUCAAGGACAUCUCUUCCUGCAGUGACAGAAGUGUCUGCAUCCCUUCAUUCAGAGAGACCGAGGAGAAAGAGCAGUCUCAUGUUUUCCUUAAGAACCAAGAUGAAUAAAAAUAGAAUUGCUUCCAAAAUGGGUUCCUUCUCCCAAUCAGAUUCUGUAGCUCUUCACCAAAGGGAACAUGUUGACCUGCUUAGAGCCAGGGGAUUAGCCAAGUCACUGGCCAUUCUCUUAGGGGUUUUUGCUGUUUGCUGGGCUCCGCACUCUCUGUUCACAAUUGUUCUUUCAUUUUACUCCUCAGCAACAGGUCCUAAAUCAGUUUGGUACAAAAUCGCAUUUUGGCUUCAGUGGUUCAAUUCCUUUCUCAAUCCUCUUUUGUAUCCAUUGUGUCACAAGCGCUUUCAAAAGGCUUUCUUGAAAAUAUUUUGUAUAAAAAAGCAACUUCCACCAUCACCACAUCAGUCAUUAUCUUCUUAAAAGACAGUUUUCUCACUUCUGUAAAUUUUAGUCUCAAUCUCACCUAAAGGAAUUGGAUCUAGCCUUUAUCUUACCCUUUCCAUUCUACCAACAAAUCUGUACUUUGAAGUCAAUGGAAAAUUACUCCAGUGAAUAAUAGCAGUAUAAUGAAUCGAUAAUAUUUUUGUAAACUUGGGGCCAUAAUAGUAAUACGUCAUUCUUAGUCAUUACCUCUUCCUUAUCUUUUAGAUGUUAAUAUCAUGUUGAUUACAAAAACAACAACAACAACAAAAACCCAAAAUCCAGUUUUUGUUUUCUAUGUUCCAUGUAUAAUAGUCUUAGGUGAAUUUCUCUUUUUUAUUUUGUAGUAAUAGAAACUUAUUCAGUUUGAAAAUCAUUCCCUAAAGCAUGCACUAGGAAAAAGAGCCUCCUGGCUGGGACUGCCCCACUCUCUUCUGGUCAGUGGGUGGGCAAGGUGGGGUUUGAGCUGGCAAGAGCAGGGAACAGGAAUGUGCCCAGGUGAGCUCCUGUGGGCUUCCAAAUUUUGUAUUCCCUAUCCCAGGAAGGGAGAAAGCAUAGUGUGGGAGAGGAAAGAGCUGAUGACUGCCACUCUCAAAGGUCCUCAGUAAAGUUAUUUUGGAGGUGCUGGUAGUCACAGGAUCAGAAAGCAAGAGAUAGACAAUGGUCACCAGUGGUUGAAAGUAUGGCUUGUCCCUUUUCUUCCUGUUCUGUUCUUCCAGCUUCCACAUCAGCCUCUUUUUGUUAGAAAAUAUGGAAGAGGAAGGCUAACAGAUGGUGAAGGGACUACAUGAUUAAACUAGACAGACCUGGUGUACAGUCACUGAACUAGUAGAUGCCAAUAAUAAUUAUUUUAAAAAAUGUUUAUU